UUUCUUUUUUUUCUUGCCCUCUCUCGUUGAUGCAGAAGUUGAAGCUGAGGAGGUGCAGCAGCUUUAGAGACCAUGGACUCCCUGUCCAGCCACAGCUCCUACCUCCUCCAGCAGCUUCAGGAGCAGAGGAUUCAGGGGCUUCUCUGUGACUGCAUGCUGGUGGUCAAGGGUGUCUGCUUCAAAGCRCACAAAAACGUCCUAGCUGCUUUCAGUUCUUAUUUCAGAUCAGAGUUCCAAAACUCUCCAAGUCAGAAAAACGACGUGUUCAACCUGGUUAUCCAGGACGUCAGCGGCAUUGGCCAGGUGCUGGAUUACAUGUAUACCUCUCAUCUCGACAUUAACCAAGAUAACGUGCAGGCCCUCCUGGACAUCGCUCAGAGCUUGCAGGUUCCAAAUGUGCAGAACAUGUGUAAUGCUUUUCUCAAGCCCUGCCCUCCACCCGUGGAGAUGUCUUCAUUCUCUCUCCCAGGCAUGCUAAGCUCUGAGCACGACUGCCUGUUGGGGAGCGGUCUUCCACACGAUGUCGACCUCCACUGCCCCUCUGAACCUCAGAGGCCCAGCUUUUACAGUGACAUGGACCACACAAGAAGGAUGCCGGUUUCUCUGCCUAAUAAUAGCUCAAACUGUGACUUGCCUAGCAGCUCUCAUGCGCCCGUAGAAAAACAGCUGGUUCAUGGCUAUAAGCUCCGUAAUUUCUACAGUAAGCAGUAUUUCAAACAAAGUGCUAUUCAAACCAACAGUGCCGUCUUAAAUCAAGGCCCAGGCCCCUUGGUGCUAACAGAGGAACAGCAGUGUCCACUUGGUAUGAAUCAGGGCGGCAAUAACACAGCUGUAAGUUUAGGAAACACCGUUCAGUCCAACCCUGCUCCAUCUGUAACAGUGGAGAAAACCACCAUAUCAUCUUUGACGCCUUCAGAUAAUCUCAACACCCCUAACGCUGACUCAGCCGAUUCCAUGGCUGACAAACCAGUUCGCCCCAAAAAGGCAGUGUACCUGAAGAAAUAUAACUACCUCUGCUCUCAGAAAGCUCUGGAGGAGAUGUGCACCGAGUCGGUCAUUGAACCCAUCCAGAGCGGUCCUAAAGCGAGUCACCCAGGCGAGCCCAUGGCCCAGACGGACGCUCCAGAAGCUGCCGUUGAAGGCAGCCCUGCAGGCACGGAGGGGACCUCGGAGACGACAGCCGCUCAGCUUCCCAGUCCUCCACCCGUAAACCCGAAGGAAGUGAGCUUGAAGCCCGUGCCAGAGCCGUCGCAGCAAACGGGGAACAAGCAGUACUGUUGUGACGUGUGUGGGAAGAUCUUCAAACACCCGAGCAACCUGGAGCUGCACAAGCGCUCCCAUACUGGUGAAAAGCCAUUUCAGUGCAGUAUUUGUGGGAAACACUUCUCACAGGCAGGAAAUUUACAGACGCAUUUGCGGAGACAUUCUGGAGAAAAGCCAUACAUCUGUGAGUUAUGUGGUAAAAGCUUUACUGCAGCAGGGGAUGUCCAGCGUCACAAAGUGGUUCACACUGGAGAGAAACCACACCUGUGUGACAUCUGUGGUAGAGGAUUUAACAACCUGAGUAACCUGAAGGAGCACAAAAGGACUCAUGCAACAGAAAAGACCUUCACCUGCGACCAGUGUGGAAAGUCCUUCAACACGCACAGAAAGCUUCUGAAGCACAAGGCUCGGCACGCUGGAGAAAAACCACACAGCUGUGACACGUGUGGAAAGUGCUUCAUCGGCUCUGGAGACCUGCAGCGUCACAUACGCUCACACACCGGAGAGAAGCCCUACAUCUGUAACACGUGUGGGAAAAGCUUCACCCGCUCUGCCAUGCUGAGGAGACACAGCAACAUGCACUGCAAGGGCCCGGUGAUCUCAAGCCCGGCGGCAGUGGACUCGGAGCAGACGCACAGUUCAGACGGAGCCGCCUCCUUCUCCAAACCUGUCAGCCUGAACAAACCACCUGCUGCCGCCUCCGAGCAACACUUCUCCCCUAUGCUGCCUAACGCAGAGCUGGAUAAACCCUCCCCGCCCAGUCCUUCGCCACCACAAGCCACRCAGCGCAUCGAGACUCCGCCUCCCAGCAUGCACCUCAGCCCAGCGCUGACGUCGCUCCCCGAGCUGCGCUCCCUGGUUCCCCAUCACCUGCUGUCAUCCAGCCACCAGGAGAGAAGUGCAGCUCUGCUCCCCGCAGACCGCAUCAAGCUGUCCAAACCGCACGACACUCCAGAGAUUGUUUACGGUCCUUACAUGGAGAACGGGAAUAUGUCAAUCGACAGCGACCCGGCGGGGAGACCCUACCUGCCCCCCACAGACAGCCCCUUCACCGGGUCUAGUAGACCCUACAGGUCCAGUGAAGGUCAGUAUAUUUCCAGUGUAACUUUAUGGGGUCUGGCAAUGAAGACUCUGCAGAAUGAUAACGACAUGGAGCAGUGAACUCACCCCUGCCAGAUUACACUUCUGCAUUUUUUCAUGUAUUUAUUUAGUGGUUGAGAUGGAUUAAAACUGACCCACGCCAUAAACCGUAGAUGGUAACCUUCUUAAGGAAGCAAAGACAAGUGGGAAAAGAAAGGGUUUGAAGAUGGAACUGAAUAAAAUUAAAGUGAAAUAUG